CUAUGCAUACCCAGCAGAUGAGUUGAUGCCCCUCAGCUGUAGAGGAAGGGUGAGAGGGCUGGAACCCAAUCGAGGGGACAUUGAUGACUCUCUGGGAAAGUUCUCUUUAACAUUAAUAGACACUUUAGAUACUCUUGUGUUGUUAAAUAAACUGGAUGAAUUUGAGGAGGCUGUGAAGAAGACCGUGCAAGACGUCAGAUUUGAUAAUGACAUAGUCGUCUCUGUCUUUGAGACCAAUAUCCGUGUGCUGGGUGGCUUGUUGGGCGCCCAUGUCAUGGCAGAUGUUCUAAAGCAGCGUAGAGAGAGAAUGCAGUGGUACAGAGAUGAACUGCUUCACAUGGCCAAAGAACUGGGCUGCCGCCUCCUGCCUGCCUUUAACACCACCAGUGGCCUUCCUUAUCCUCGGGUAAAUUUGCGCUAUGGGGUCGUCAACCCCCUUUCUCGGACAGGAACGGAGUCGGACACUUGCACUGCUUGUGCAGGCACCAUGAUUCUGGAGUUUGCAGCUCUCAGCCGACUGUCCGGGGACCCAAUAUUUGAGGAACAUGCUAGGAAAGCUAUGGAUGUCCUCUGGGAGAAAAGGCAAAGAGGAAGUGACCUUGUCGGCACUGUGAUCAACAUCCACAACGGAGACUGGGUUCGCAGAGAUAGUGGGGUUGGCGCUGGAAUCGACUCUUAUUAUGAAUACUUGAUGAAAGCUUAUAUUCUUCUUGGGGAUAAGGUGUACCUUAACAGAUUCAACACACACUAUAGUGCCAUUAUGAAGUACAUCAGCCAGCCUCCUCUGCUGCUCAACGUGCACAUGCACAACCCCACUAUAAAUGUGCGAAGCUGGAUGGAUUCCUUGCUUGCCUUCUUCCCUGGGCUACAGGUUUUGAGAGGAGACUUGAAACCUGCCAUAGAGACGCAUGAGAUGCUGUACCAAGUGACUAAACAGCACAAUUUCCUCCCUGAGGCCUUCACCACCGAGUUCAGAGUUCACUGGGGCCAGCACCCAUUGAGACCGGAGUUUGCUGAAAGCACAUAUUUCCUUUACAAAGCCACAGGUGAUCCUUACUAUUUGAAAGUAGGCCAGUCUAUAGUGGAGAAGCUGAACACUCACGCUCGGGUCCCUUGUGGCUUCGCUGCCGUACAGGAUGUGAGGACAGGAACGCAUGAGGACAGGAUGGAUUCCUUCUUCCUGGCUGAGAUGUUUAAGUACCUCUACCUGCUUUUCUCAGAGAAGAGCCAGUUGCCUAUAAACAUAGAUGAUUAUAUUUUCACUACUGAGGCUCAUUUGCUCCCAGUAUCUCUGUCUACAACCCAACCCCCCUGCCAUACCAACAACACAGAACCUCAAGCUCAUGAAGAUGAUUUAUUUUCAUAUUCAUGCCCCAGUGCUCAAACCCUGUUCCCUAACAACCCCACCUUUGCCAAGACAAUCAGGGACAGCUAUAAAUACCUCACCGGUGUGGGAAGAGCCCAGCAGGCCUCACCUCUCAGGGGGAUUGAACUGCCUCUUCAUGACAUGGGCCUGGAGCCAAUCGAGUUUCUGAAAAGCAUGGGCAUCUCUCUGACGCCCCUUACUGAGCUGGUCUCUGCCAGCCAAGGCUCAGCAUUUCAGCACUCUCAGAAGGGUGUGUAUAAGUUAAAGCUGGUUGCUGAGGUGAGCCAAACACCUGAGCAUGAGGAAGUGGUGCCACUAAUUGUGCAGCUCAUUUCCCCUCCGUUUUUGGGUCGAACAGUCCUUACGGCUGGUUCAGCAAAGUUUGGAAUGGAUCUUACCAAACAAGAGCAUGGGAUGAAAGGCAGCAUUGUGAAAAGUGUUCCCUAUACGGCAUGUGGCCCGAUUGAAAACGCAGUAGAGCUGCAGGGACACGUAGCACUGGCAUUGAGAGGAGACUGCAUGUUUGCUGCCAAAGCUCGGCGCCUGCAGGAAGCAGGAGCCACUGGAGUCAUCUUCAUUGAUCACAGAGAGGGCAGCAGCAGUGCUGAUACUCCACUCUUCCAGAUGGUUGGAGAUGGAGAGCCUACCGAUGACAUCACAGUUCCCCUGGUGUUCCUCUUCAGCAAAGAGGGAGCUACACUCACUGCCGCUCUGCAAGAACAUCACAAUGUGGACGUCCUCCUGCUACCCAAAGAGAAACAACUAGGAAAAGAAAAAUCUGAGAAGUUAAAUAUUAAGUUCCGUUUAGCUAAGGAAGGAGAUUUUGCCGAGGGUGAGACUGAAAGCACUACAAUCCAGCUGGUGCUGGAGCAAAGCGAGACAAACAAUGAGGCUGCAUCGUUGAUGAGGGAAAACCAGGAGACCUGCAGCUCUCCGCAGAAAGACCCUGAAAGCAGCCCCUGACAGUGGGACCAGCCGUGACCACGGUCCCCUUCACAGAAUGCAGGGAUGUUGCUCCCUGUCACCGAUCUCAGAUCAGAAAAUGCAGGCUGUGCUAUGGAAAAUGUUUCGGCUAAGCCUAGACCGUACCAUCUGAGCUCCUCACAGGGGGAUCACAAGUCCUCCCAUGUUAAGCAUAGUUGGAACUAUAUUGAUCUGCACAGAGUGAGAUGGUACGACGCGUGAAGCUCCUGUCUCUCUGAUAUCGUGGUAGUUGCAAUAGAUUCUUCUCAAUUGUCUACAAUUGAAAAGCAUCGGUUUUGGGUAUUAAGGAGGUGUACAAGAUUCUCUCACGCCACUUUAUGUGGAUCCGACUUUAUUUGAAUGUUUUUCUUUCACUGUGGAUCACUGGUUCUCAGUCCUGUGCGUUUUUGCUUUAUAAUUAUUAUUAUAUAAUGCAUUCUUAAAGUGUAAGUGACUUGAAGUCUUCAGGACAUCCUUAACACAGGGCUCCUAUGACCAAACCCAAAAAACAGUGUUUAAAUGAGGGAGAAUGGACCAGUAAAAUAUAGUUUAACAUGUUUUAGAUACAGAAACAUCAGGGAAAUCAAUGAUCUGACUUGAACAUGUUUGCAUGUGUGUGUGGAAGGCAUGUACGGUGGCCUUUAUCAUUAUGUCACAGACUCUGUGCAUUUCAUCAUGUGCCAAUACUAAAUAUUUGUGUAUGUGUGUGCAUAUUUGCAGCCAAUGCAUUCAUCUCGCUUUCAUGCAUUCAUGAAGGACCAGGACACACGCAGACUAAAUAGUGAUAAAUGUUUUUGUGCAAUGACAAAACCAUUUCUGCAGUCAGGGUGAUGUUGAAAAUGAGUCGUAUAUAUUUCGAUUUUUGACUGCCUCUUUUGUAACUUGCACAGCUUCACCAUCACACUAGAGGUGCUGCUUACACUAGAUUCAUCGCUUUCUACAUAUCAUCUGAGAAUUUCAAAUGCAUCAAUGUUAUUAGACUAGCUUUUGCAUUGAGUGUCACAGCCAUAAUGUAGCUCAAGAGUUUAAUACAAUCUGUCGCUUUAUAGCAUGCAGAGAACGGUUAUAUCAGCCCCAGACCUUUCCAUUUCAAGUCUUAAUUAUAAUGUACACCUUGUAUUUUGUCACUGAUGGCUGUUCUCAAAAGGAUGUCAAUCUGUGUACCUCGUAUUUCACAAAGGUCUUAUGUCUGAUUCACUUAAAUGUGUGGGCAUAAUUUAGAUUAGAUGGAAUUAUAUUUAUUUAAGAUAUUUUCUAUACAUUAACUUGAGAUGAAGAUGCUUGUCAUAAGGGUCAGCUGAAGCAUUUCUUGAGGGCCAAAGUGACAAGAUUUUUAUAGCGUCUUUUUAUUAGUCGUUUUGUAUUGACUGAUGAAAUGUUGAUACUUGCCAUUAAAAUCAAGUUUAUG